AGGAAGGAAGGAAAGAAAGGGGGAGAGAGAGAGAGAGUGAGAGAGAGGAAGGAGGGAGGAAAGGAAGGUAAGGAGGAGGGAGCAGAAUUAGUCAGUGAUAGAGAGGGGAGGAGAGGAGGAGAGGCGGCGGGUGUUCUGCCGAGGUGGACGUGGCGGGUCCGGCGGAGUUAGCUACGAGUCACGGGCAGCGGAGCCGAACCGAGGCGGACAGAGAGCCGGCCAUGAACCGGACCACCCGCAGGCUGGUCCCAGGCAGGUGUGGGUGCUGACGUCCAAGUGAACCUCCACAUCAUCAUUGGAUUUUUCUCGGGGAUUCCCAAAUCCCCGCAACCCCGCCUCUAUCAGGACAACUCCUCUCAGCAGCAGGAGUGGGAGUGGAGGAAGGAGCUAGCGAGGAGGUGGAGGAGGAGGAGAGGAAGAAGCUGUACUUCCGGUGCGGUGAGAAGGAUUAGCUCCGCCCCUCGCCAUGACAGACUUGGAGACUGAGUGUCUGAGCCUCGGCUUGCCCCCCGAGUGCUGCUCUCCUCCGCCGCCUCUGGACCCCUCACUGCAGGUGGACUGUGGCGCGGGGCCCGCUGGUUCGGCCCCGACCCUCGCCCUCCUCUCCUCCGACUGCCCGACGCCCACGCUCAGCUCGCUCGCGGCAGAGAUCGCCGAGCCGCUGGUGAUGCUGCCGUGCGUGAAGACUGAGCCCGAGGACGGGGACCUGGAGCCCAUCAGGACCGUGGAUCUGUCGGAGAUCCAGCCUCUAUCCACCGCUGAGCUGGGCCAGGACCAGAUCAAAAUGGAGAUCAGCGGCCUCGACUACAUCAAGUCGGAGCAUCACGGUCACCACUGCAACCACCACCUCGGCCCGUUUCAUCAAAGCGACGUCACAGAGCUGGACUACAAGUCGCACUACGAGCCCAGCUCCGUGUUCGACUACAUCUCACAGGUCACAGACACUCUGGAGUACAUAAAGUCAGACCACCACGUGGAUCUCCAGUGUUACUACGCCACAGAGCUGAGCUCACUUAAGACCGAGUACAUCGAGUCCAACACCAUGUCCACCCACCUGCAGCACAACGGACUCGAGUCCAUCCACAUGGCCGAGCUCCGCACCGAGCUCAACAAGCUGCGGCCCGACGCCCUGCUGAUGGACAGCAUGGGCAAGCUGGACCCCGAGUUUGGAAGCGGGGCGCUGUACGAGCUGCAGAACGCCGAGGAGGGGAAGACCUCCGCAGACGUAACGGCGGGUCAGGGGGGAGUAGGAAGCCUGGUGAUUACAACCAAAACCCAGAGCCCGACGGUGAGGAAACCUCGCAACAUGCAAGGGGAGAAACCGUUCUCUUGCACACAGUGUGGGAAAAACUUCAGCACUCUAGGAAACCUGAAAACCCACCAACGCAUCCACACCGGCGAGCGGCCCUACACCUGCUCGCAGUGCGGCAAGAGCUUCGGCCAGGCGGGGAACCUGAAGCGACACCAGCUGAUCCACACGGGCCAGAAGCCGUACGUGUGCGCCCACUGUCCCAAAGGCUUCACCAAGGCCGACGACCUGCGCUCACACCAGCGGCUGCACACCGGCGAGCGCCCCUUCAUCUGCACCGCCUGCGGGAAGAGCUUUAGCCAGUCCAAGGAGCUCAAGGCCCACCAGCUGAGCCACACGGGCGAGCGGCCGUACUGCUGCCAGCACUGCGGCAAGAGCUUCACCAAGGAGACGAGCUACCGCAACCACAUCCAGAUCCACACGGGCGAGAAGCCGUUCACCUGCUCACAGUGCGGAAAGACUUUCAGCAACUCGGGCGUCUUAAAAACCCACGAGAAGAUCCACUCGGGCGAGCGGCCGUUCGGCUGCACGCAGUGCGGCAAGAGCUUCGGACGCCUCGGCCAUCUAAAGGCUCACCAGCAGAUCCACACGGGGGAGCGGCCGUACGCCUGCCCCCAGUGUGGGAAGACUUUCAGCCAGUCAGGCCACCUCAAAGCACACGAGCAGAUCCACAAAAGAGAGCGAGCGGACACUGCGAGCACCAGCAGCGACGGCGGCAGCAGCAGCAGCACAGUGGGCAGUGACAGCAGCUAGGACGAACUGAGAACCCUUUAACCUCCCGGAAAAACAAAGUAUUAUUCCUCUUUUUUUAUAAAUACUAUAUAUGAAUCUUUUCCUUAUGAGUUUUUCUUACAUUUUCAUACCUUUUUGUGCUCUUUUACAUUUUAUCUGUGGGCAGAGUGGACUGACUGAUUUGCUCUUAUGCAAGUGUCUGUGUGUGUGUACACGUUAUAUACUGUGUGUCUGUGGGUGGGGGGGGGGGGCUGUAGAUACUCUUUAAAAUACCAGUACUUAUUUUUGGAGUACUUAUGAAACACAAGCACAAAAAUGUCAGUGACCAAGUUUGAGUACUUCUUUUUGUAUUUGCAGUUUUUUACUGAACAGACCAGCAGCUCCUGACAGAGCAGGACCCCAAUCACUGAUCAGUCAACAGGAUGAACGCACAUGUUAUGUAUUCAAAAUACAUAGAUCAGAACUAACAGAUGAGAUGAAAGUAUCGUUUCACCUUUCAGUCCGUUAAGAUUAGAAAUCAAAGUGUUAAAGUCAGCAGCCUGAUCAGUAAUCUGAUUAGUUUGGCUGGUGUCUGGUGAACGGGGUCCAACAUCAGGUUCCUCUCUUUGUGUUGAUGAGAGUACUUCAGUACAUGCGAGUACUUUCUACCAGUUUACUAGUAUUUUACAUGGAGGUGUGGGUACUGUACUGUUAAAAUCUGAUUCCACUUAGAUAUUUUUAUUGACCAGUAUUGACUGAUGAGGACGCCGCAGGCGUCUUCUCAUUGCUGACGAUAAUCAGAGGCCGUUCUUUUGUUUUGUAGCAGUGUUUAAAUGAUUCUCAGUUUUUCAGCUUCGUUGGGAUCCAAAGGACCAAACUCAUCAGCACAAAGGAACUCAACCCCUCACCCCCCAACCCCCCUGUCCAGAUCGCUCACUGUGUAAAUCUAUUGAUUAUGUAAUUCCUUAAAAAAAAAAAUGUAAUAAAACUAAAAAAAAUAAAUAAAACAACAGUGGGAAGGAGGAGGUGACGCAGCAUCUUGUACUGGAAGAAGAAUUAUUAAAGAAACUAAUGGCA